UUAAUUUGCCUGUCCCUUUCACAAACAUAGAGGAUUAUAAAGUAUUUUUCCGUCGCUGCGAAGACGUCGAGAAUGGCGCGGCUCCGACAAAGGAAGUCUGCUUAUUUUCUUACGAAAAUGGAUUUCGGGUGCGAUUGCAGCAAAGUUACAUUACCGUUGAUGUGCUUUAUGGUAGGAUGGAACCAGGCUUAACAAUUGACACGGGGCUCCAAAAGCUUGACUAUUUCAAUUUCCUAAAUCACCACAUUUACUUUGACGAUUCGGUAUCGGUGGAAAAGUUAAAGGGAAACUGGAACGUGUCCAACAAACAGACAAUUAUUGAAGUCCAGACGGCACGGUUUUUGAUUAACAAGAUGAAUGCGCCGAUAAUUGUUAAGCUACAAAGUUAAAUAUGGAUUUUGAGAGCUCGCAAAUAAUUGUCCGUUCCAACCUCAGCAGUUCACGGGACAUUGCACUUCGCAAAAUUAUCACUGCAAUGUCUACCGAGUCUGUUAUUCAGAGCGUUGCUAACCAUUUUUAUUGCAAUCAUAAAGUGAAAACCGUUCUAUUGGGAGACGCGAAUUGUAACGGUCUUUACUAUAACUGCGCUAAAGAUGAAAUUACUUUAACGAUCACGCCAGAGUUCGAGGAACUAGUUAGGUAUAUAAACUCAAUUGGCAUCGAAGAAUUUGAUCUGUUCAUUAACAAUAGUUUUAUUCAAUCAGAAGAAGAAACUGCUGAAACGUCCAAUCAAAAGUCUAAGACGCUUAGUUUGUACGUUAAUCUGCAAGUGACUGCUUCGUACGAGCGGUUGUUGUUGAAAAUUCGACCAUCUGCUUUUACACCAAUUAGUAAAUUAUUUGAAAACGUCAUAGUGGAAUUGGGAGACACGUUUGAUGGCUCCUGCAAACGCACACCCACGCGCCUGCUCUAAAAGUGUUUUGCUCAACUUGGCCGACGGAGCAAUUGUUUGCCUGGA